UAAAAAUGAAGGCAUCGUAUCUGGAAACCCUCGAUCGAAUCAAAGACGAGCAUGCGGAAAUGUCGAAGCAUGUCAACCAGCAACGAUCGGAUAUCGAAAAGGUUGCGUUAGAGAAAGAAAAUAUGAAUAGAUCGUAUAUGACGUACGCUGAAGUAUCAAAUACUCUUCGUAGCGAUCUUCGAAAAGCAGAAGAAAUCAACAAACGCCUUCAGGAAUUCAUCAUGCAAUCGUUGGCUCCUCAACUAUCUCAAGAUAAUCAAGCAAACUGCCUCGCCGCACUGGAAGCUUUCAAAACCGCAUCACCACGUGAAAAUGGAAAUGGAGCACCAGCACUUCCACCAGGUUUUCCUCCCGGUGCAGCUGGAAUGCUUGGAAUGAUGCCAAAUAUGCCAUUCGGAAUGAGCCCUGCAAUGAGUCAACUAUUCAAUCAAUUCGCAUCACCACAUGUCAACGGUGGAGAUGGAGCCGGUGGAAGUUCUGGAGGUGCAAGUGAAGCGAAAAAGGCCAAGCUGGAAGAUCCAGAUGAUGGAGAACUUGAGAUUGAUGUCACAAAUGAUGAUCAUCCAAGUACUGCAUCAAAUGGAGGCGCAGCUAAUAAAAAUGGAAGAGAUAGCACAAAUAGUGUUGCCUCAUCGGGAGCAUCUACACCGAGCAUCGCAUCAAAUUCUAGAGCAAGACAACAACAGCAGCCACUCGCUGGGCUUCAAGGAUUGGAGCAAAUGAACUUUUUAGCUGGAUUCAAUCCAAAUCUUCUCCGACAAGCUAGUGCUGCUGGAGGAUUCAACUUUUUGAAUGAUCCCCAUGCACAGGCCCGUCUUGCAGCUGCCAUCGGGCAAAUCGGUAGCAGACCGGCCUAUUCAUUCAAAAUUGUGGACGGUGGAGUUCCAACACCUACAUCCUUCCCUCCAGAUGCACAGAAAGGUCCCGGAAUUCCGACAGGUCUCAAGAAGAAAAUGGAAUUAAAUCACGGAGAAGUAGUUUGUGCGGCCACAAUUUCCCGUGAUAACAGUCGUGUUUAUACUGGUGGAAAAGGAUGUGUUAAGAUCUGGGAUGUCAAAGAAUCAGAUAUUUCUGGCGCAACGGUUGUGAAUCGGCCUCCAAUUGCAUCCUUGGAUUGUCUCAAAGAGAACUAUAUUAGAUCUUGUAAACUCUUUGAAGAUGGAAAUACACUUCUGAUUGGAGGAGAAGCCAGUACUGUUGCUCUUUGGGAUCUUACAACUGAAACAAAAACUUUGGACUUGGAAACUGAUUCACAAGCAUGCUACGCGUUGGCGAUGUCACCAGAUGAGAAAUUAUUGUUCGCAUGUCUUGCUGAUGGAAAUAUCCUCAUUUAUGAUAUCCAUAAUAAGGUGAAAGUUGGAACCCUACCUGGACAUCAAGAUGGAGCAUCAUGUCUCGAUCUCUCAAAAGAUGGUACAAAGCUCUGGUCAGGUGGUCUUGACAAUUCUGUUAGAUGCUGGGAUCUUGCACAACGAAAGGAAGUUGCGAAGCAUGAUUUUGCGAGCCAAGUUUUCUCUCUUGGAUGUUGUCCAAAUGAUGAAUGGGUGGCUGUUGGUAUGGAGAAUAAUUAUGUCGAGGUUCUGUCAACAACUGGAAAAGAAAAGUAUCAAUUGACACAACACGAAUCAUGCGUCCUUUCGCUCAAAUUUGCGCAUUCCGGAAAGUUCUUCAUUUCAACUGGAAAGGACAAUGCUCUCAACGCCUGGCGUACUCCAUACGGAGCAUCACUCUUUCAACUAAAAGAGAACAGCUCCGUUCUCUCAUGUGACAUCUCAUUCGACGACUCACUCAUUGUCACUGGAUCAGGGGAGAAGAAGGCAACUCUCUAUGCAGUUGAAUAUUAAUUUUUUUCCGCAGUGAAUUUAUGAUCAUGAUACUCAAAACCCCUAUUCUGUACGAUAAUCGUUUCAUCUCUCUCAUCUCUUCUAAUUUCGUUUGUCAAAUUUUCGUAUUUGUGUACCCUAUUACGAUUAAUGUCACUCUAUGUUUAAAACAUUUAUUUAUUUGCACUACAAAACAAUGAUGAUCUGACUUGACUUUAACAGCAAUUAAUAAAACAUUUCAAAAAU